GAGAGGAAAAUGGCAGAUCUUUCUGUUCUCGCCUUCUCUUCGAUCGUUGGUGCUGUUGCGCGGUCCUCCGUCUUGGCCGGCUAUCGGCAACAUCCUGGCCUACAACAGAGACUUCGAGACAAGUGUCGCGUGGACUUGAGUUUUGCACUCCAUCGCGGAUGGGCCAUCGAGGGCGCCGUGGGAAGCGAUUUUAAGAUCGACGCCUCCUAUAUCUCGCCCAACGUCAGUGUCGCUAGCAGCAUCGAGCAUGCAACGAGGAAGUAUGGUGUCAGGAUAUUGGUGUCGCAGACAGUCGUUGAGUUGUGUUCCAAAGAGAUCGUAAACAAGUUGCGCAUCAUUGACAAGGUCACCAUCAAGGGCUCUUUGGUUCCACUGGAACUGAGCUGUUUAGAUCUGGACUUCAAGCGAGUUCAGGUGGAAGAAAGCGCAGAUCUGCCAAUCGUGUGGAACUCUCGCUACCGCUUCAAGUCAAGACAUGCCAUUGAGGUCCGAAAGCACCACCUGUGGAAUGACACCUUCUCCAAGGCGCACGUCAUGAAGAAGGAUCCGCAUUUCCAAGAGAUGCGAACCCACUACACGGUGCCCUUUUUGCAGAACUUCAACAUGGGGUAUCAGAACUACUCUCAAGGAGAGUGGCAAGUUGCUAGAAACUUGCUGACCAAGACCCACGGCAUGCUGAGUGAAAAGGAUGGGCCGAGUGGCGCACUCUUGCGAUUUAUGGAAACUCCUUACCAGUUCAAGGCUCCAGAGUGGUGGCGAGGCGUCCAUGCGUUGGAGGAUGAAUUCUGAGCAGGUCCUGGAAAAUGACCCCUGGCAGUUAUGGCGAGGUGAUGCUUUCUGGACUCAGACGCAGCGCAUGAAUUUUCAUGGCAACGAAUGGAUCAAUGGCUUUGGAACUGAUUGAAACCCAAAAUGCAGUUGAUCAUCCCAUAACGGAUCCGGCUGGUGCUGGUAGAAAAUUAUGCUAACAUGACUGGGG